ACACUGUUUUGAUUUGCUUUCUCAACGAUCAAUACAAUAAAAUUAAUACGGCGGACUGCAGAUUUUUCUGAGAUAAUUUCCAUUUAAUUCUUGUACUGAAUAAAUUAUUAACCAUGACUGUUUUAACAAAACCAAGUGCAAUUAUAAAGAAACCGGAGAUAAUUACUGAUGCUCCUUUAGUUGAAAAACCAAUCGGCGAUGAGGAAAAAAUUGAAAUACAUUCAAAUCCCGAAUGGCCGAAGCGUUCAUCCAAUGGAGUGAUGUGCUUAUCGCUUACUGCAACUCUGCUGGCUCUGCUGGGUUUCACCGGUGGUCUCUUGCUAUGCCGAGAUAUGUUGAAGCCUACUACUAUCCGUCGCUACCAGGGCUAUUGCUCCAUACCGAUUCCGAGUGAUGAUAAAGAGACGAUCGACCCCGGUUUCCGCACGCUGCCGCUGCAGUGGUCGACCGACGACAUCCAGCUGAUCAACGCCGAUCACUCGGGCGCCGACGAGCUGGAGGACGCCCUGCACGAGGAACUCGACAUCGGAGACACCGUCGAGAAGAUCUCCGUCGUCAACAACGGCCACCGCGUCAACUUCAUACACGACUUCAACGACAACACCACCGGCAUAAUCGACGACGACCGCUGCUUCGUGAUGGAGCUGGAGCCGGAGCUGGUGCUGACCCCGCAGCUGUUCAUCUCGGGCCUGCAGAGCGGCGCGCAGUUCGACGUGUCGCGCGUGCGCAGCGAGCUGCGCGCCGCGCUGCCGGCGCUGACGGAGCUGCGCCGCGCCGCCGCCGAGCUGGCCGCGCGCUGCGCGCAGCGCCCCGUGUACCGCCUGCACCGCGACCAGGCCGUUCGCAAGCGCUCGGCCGACGAGCCGACUCACGACUACAUCCAGUUCUCGGGCAAGCACAUCGAGGAGAUCAAGAUCGACAACUUGCCGGAGAUCCUGGAGUACGAGAGGCAGACCAAAGCUUAGACUGCCGGCCUCGUGGACGUAGGGUAUUCGGCGGUGCGAGUUUGUUAUUAUUACCCGGCUAAAUGAUAUGCCUUCUUAUAAUUGACCGUAUCCUAAAUUAGUGCCUCUACUAGGUAAUGGUAUCUCUCCAUCUAUUUUAUAACAGUGGCACACUAAAAACAUAAAAAAAAAAGAAUUGGAAACAUCUAUUGGAAUCUAAGUGACUUAUUAUAGAAGUCAUAAAUAACUUAUCUUUCCUAUGUAGCUUAGGAGGUAAUAGAAUUUGUGGUAAGGUAGAGAAAAUUUCAAAUAUAUCAUCAUAUUCAAAUAAAGAAACAGUUGUCCUUGAAAAAAAUAUUCGUUGUUUUCUAUCGAAUAAAUAAAUGCAUAGCAAUUGGUUUAAAAAUAAGUUGAAUAAUGAGGUAUAUAACACAGGAAGGAACUAUAUAAAUAUGUAUAUUUAUAUAUGAAGGCGUUAUGUAACUUACUACAUAACAGGAUGGUAAAUAUGCCUAUGUCCACGACUCAUUCUAUCUAUAUAUGAAUGUUUAGAAUUAGUUCGUGAUACAUGUUUCUGCACACUAUUGCUGUCUAUAUAUAAUCCUAGAAUAUCAAUUGAACUAUAAAUUAUGGCCAUCCUAUUAACUUUAUUUUGUUUAAGCUAAGUCAAUAAUCAAUGUCCAUAUAUAUCAUUUUAAAUGAAGAUAAUUAUUUUUUCAAACACAAAAUGUAUUAUUUCAGAAUAAAUAUAAUAUAGUUAAUUUUACUUUUAUAAUUGCCAAUAAAAAAUGAAUUUUGUUUUGUAUUCAGCAUUUUUUAUGGGCUAUAUAAUAUACUAGCGGUUGGUGAAGAAAUACCUUAAAACUGUGAACAACUAUGUAAGGACUAUCUUCAACAAUUCUUGUUAUAAUAAUUAUUACAUUCUUUCUUGGGAACUUUUUCGAAGCAAACAUUUUUAUUCUUUUUUUUGUAUUGAUUUUGCUAUCAUAGACCUCAAGCGUGGUGGUAUCAUAUUCAAACUAGUCAUGGCACUAUUUAUGGUUAAUUGAACAUUUUAUUGAAAUGGUAUAAAAAUGAUGUUCAUAGGAAAUUGAUAUUUCAUGGGAUAAAGUCAAAUACUACAAUUCAAAAUUGAAUAUAAUGAUCAUCAAAGAAGCUGGCUUUAAUAAUCUAAAUCAAUUAUAUUUUUCCUACUCAUUAAUGCAUUUAUUAUUGAUUAAAUGGAGCUAUUUAGUUGCUUAUUAUGUAAGUGUAUUCGCCUGUUCUAGUGAUUUAUUAAUAUAUUUCUUAAUGAACGCACAUAAAGGACAUCCGUGUAAUAAAAAUAUAUUAAAUAUUUAUCUAUAAGGACCAAGUCCUGUAAAAUCGAGUCUUUAUGUCUAGCCGUAGACAUUUAAGCGGUAUCGUUAGGUACCAUAGAGAGAAUAAUGACGCUGAAAGGCGGUUUUUCAUCUCUACGUGUCUAUGGAUGUCUUAACAUCAUAAUAUCGAUGUAUUUUUAAAUUAAGUUUAAUAUUGUAAAAUGUGUUCUGUUAUUUAGUUUGUAUUUUAAUUUAAUUAAUUACGAAACCUUUUGUAAGUUAAGUUUUAUAUUAAUUUACUUGACGGUAAUUAUUGUUUGUGAUAUUUUCGUUUCUUAUAUGAGUACCGUCUUUGUAAUCCACUAUUUAGUUUAUAAUAUUUUA